CGAGACCAAAUCACUUCUUUUUAAAAGAAAAUAUGUUUUGAAAGUGAUAGAUUUGGAUUAUGCUUUGAAGAACUAUAGUGGACCUGCUGAAGUAGUAAAAUCUACCGUAGCAGUUCGCUUCCCGUCUUCAUUCCAUCGCCGUCCUCUUAACAGCGGGAAAUAUGGAAAUCGGUCUAACAAAUGUGAGGGAGUUUGAGGAACUUGCAAGGAAAGCCUUGCCAAAGAUGUUCUAUGAUUACUUUAGGGGAGGAGCCGAGGAUGAAUUCACAUUGAGAGAGAAUGUUGAGGCAUUUCAAAGAAUAAGGUUAAAUCCAAGGGUUCUUUUAGAUGUGAGUAGUAUAAAUAUGUCAACUUCCUUACUCGGAUUCAAAUUAUCUUCUCCCAUACUUGUUGCGCCUACCGGCGGGCAUAAGCUUGCACAUCCUGAAGGAGAGGCGGCGACGGCUAGAGCUGCUGCAGCUUGCAAUACGAUAAUGGUGCUAUCAUUUUCAUCUAACUGCACCAUCGAGGAGGUUGCUUCCAGCUGCAACGCUAUUCGUUUCUUUCAGCUAUAUGUAUAUAAGAGAAGAGAUGUUUCAGCAAAGCUUGUACAAAGAGCCGAGAGCUGCGGAUUCAAAGCUAUUGUUGUGACUGUAGAUACUCCGAGAAUAGGACGGAGGGAAGCAGACAUUAAAAAUAAGAUGGAAGCGCCCAAGAUAUCGAACCUUGAGGGUCUAUUGUCGGUUGAUGCUAAUGCUGAUGGCGGUUCUAAUCUUGAGGCAUUCGCAAAUGAAACUCUUGAUCCUUCUCUGAGCUGGAAGGACAUUGGAUGGGUCAAAUCUAUUACAAAAUUGCCAAUCCUGAUUAAGGGUGUUCUUACUGCAGAAGAUGCUAGAAAGGCUGUAGAAGUGGGAGUCUCUGGAAUAGUUGUAUCAAAUCAUGGCGGUCGUCAGCUUGAUUAUGUGCCGGCCUCAAUAUCUGUCCUGGAAGAGGUAGUUCAAGCUGUUUCUGGUGCAGUUCCUGUCCUAGUUGAUGGCGGCGUCCGACGCGGAUCAGAUAUAUUCAAAGCUAUAGCCCUCGGCGCAAAAGCUGUAAUGGUUGGGAGGCCAAUUAUCUAUGGAUUGGCUGCCAAGGGAGAGCUGGGGGUAAGAAAUGUCAUUGGGAUACUAAAAAAUGAGCUGGAGCAUACUAUGGCACUUGCAGGAUGCCCCACUGUGCAAGACAUCACUAGAAGCCAUGUCCAAACCCCAGCUGAUAGGCUAAGAUCUUUAAUAUAAUGAACCAUCCCUUUAAGUUUUUAUGAGAAGUGCUAGGAAAGGGAAUUCUGUGUACUUCCUUUGAUCAUCCUUGAAUAAUUAGCCAUCCGUUGUUGCUGUGAUGGAGGAGGACAAAUACUCUGUGAUACUAUGAGUCCGAAUUGGUUCCAAUAGUAUAGAGCAUCGAUAGAUUUUUUGUUUGGAGCAUGUGAUGUGAAGUAUAGAACAUAUCUGCAUCUAUUUGAUAUAAAAUAUAGAAUUUAUGUCCUCCCA